UUUUUUUUUUUUUUUUUUUUUUUGUUAUUUUUACUUUUUUUUUCGUUUUAUGCAGGAUUAUCCUCACCCCUCCCCCGACUUCGAUCGUGCACUCUCCCUCCACAUGCACUUGGUACCUAACCAUAAUCUUGAUGCAACGACCGCGUCUAUCUGGCCUCUGGAUUCGAUGCCCUGGCCUAGUUUUUCUUUUUUUUCCUUUUCCGUUUCCUUUCCCAAAUUCUGCCUUGCUCUCAUUCUGUGGUUGGUAUUUUUCACGUUUCUGGUUCCGCUCGGUAUGGAAUUUACUCAACCGUUCUUCAAUCCAAUUUUCGACACACUCGAACCCUGCAAUACACCAUGGCCUUUCAUUCCAGUAGCGGCAUGUACAUGUAUAAGAAUGGUUUUCGGGUCCAACAACAUUAUUUAUGAGGCUUGUUGAUCGCCAACCCAUUUUCUGAAAUAUAUACCCCAUUGCCCCUCUCCAAUUCUUAUUUAACUUAUUCACGCCUGAUUAUCAAUAUACUGUUUACUCUUUCUGCGAUAGUCCUUCAACUGAUAUCGUAUACAUUGUACUCAAGAUCAUCUGUGGUGAUUGAGUUUUGUUGAUCUCAGUUAUGGACCUGGCCUCUAGGUCUCCUGCGAGACUCUCCCCACAAUUCUGUUCCACUACUGGGCAAGCUAUGGUCGUGAAUGCCUCCUCCCCAUAUCCUACUCCCCCCCAAAGCCGCGCACAUACUGAAAUCCUCCCGGCACACUCACCUGUUGCUACUGGACUUGGUAUUUUCGGUACCACACAUGUAUCAAUGUGUUCGCCCUCCCAAUCGCUUCUCCAAUCAUCCCAAGCGUGGGAACGGGGAUGCGGCCCAAACAACGCCUUCUCUCCUAUGGGAGUGAUGUCGGGCCUAACUUCAUUCGAAGAGAGUCAUUUAGUUCUACAAGGCGCCCCCCAGCAUUCGGGCGUUUCGAUGGUUUAUUCUAGUCCGACACACCGCGAGAUGGCUAGUAAUUCUAUAAUCCAGCGAUAUGCGACCUCUUACAAUAACGACUUUCACUAUCAUCUAGUCCCCACUACGACGCAAGAACGACACUCCGCUAUAAAUCAACAACGGCAGAGACAGGUUGAUUGCUCGAUGCCUCAAGACUUGGAUCAAAAUAAUAGUGUUCUCCUUUUCGACCUGGAUAAUAACGUGGAGAAUCAAAGCGUGGAGAAUAAUAACACUGAAAGACCAGCGAUAAAUAACAGGAUUCCUCGAGUCCCUCUACGGUCAUCGCGCUCACAUGCGGCAGCGUCUCAAGACGACCAAGUAAAGGUUCAAUCGGGUGGUAUCAGGAAACAGUCGAGGAGGAAGACCAAUGGACCCGAAGGGAAGUUUAUGUGUGAGAAAUGCGGACGGCAUUUCACCAGGAACUCGAAUUGCAAAUCCCAUAUGAAAACCCAUGAUCCGAAUCGCAAAUUGCCUUUUAAAUGCACUGAUCCUGAGUGCACCAAAAAAUUCGGCCGGAAAACUGACCUCACUAGACAUGUGGAUAGUGUGCAUAAGAAACUACGGCAAUAUGGCUGUGAUCAAUGUGGCCACCGUUUCGCACGACAGGACACUUUGCGAAGGCAUCGCGAAGAUGGAUGCAGAAGACAGAAUCGUCAAGCCCAACGUGCACUCAAAAAUCCUCCCACAGUACCUGAGCCGGUUCAAUCAUAUCAAACGUCAUCCAUCCUAUAUCCCGACCAAACAAAUACGUAUUCUGAGGCCGACGACCAGCAAAAUCUGCAUGAGUCAUUUAUUUCUCCAUACCUCGAUAAUACUGCGAAUGAAUUCCAGCAAUACCUAUGAAAACACGCACAAACUUCCCGGUUUUUCCUUCCUUCCUUCCUUCCUUC